UGCCGGGUAUCCCGCCCAAGGCGCCUUUCGCAAGUCUUCCAAGAUGAGCUACACGCUGGAGCCGCUGGGCACCCCGUCUUACCGGCGGGUGGCCGAGAGCCGGACCACCUUCAGCCGGGCCAGCGUGUCGCCGUCGAGCGGCUUUCGCUCCCAGUCCUGGUCGCGGAGCUCGCCCAGCCCGGCCUCGUCGACUUACAAGCGCAAUGUGGGCCCGGCGCGGACCUCCUACGGCUCGACGGUGCUGAGCUCCACCGAGAGUUUGGAGCUGAGCCAGUCGUCGCUCUUCAACGGCGGCGGCGGCGGCGGCGGCGCCGUGGAGCUGAAGUUGAGCCGCUCCAACGAGAAGGAGCAGCUGCAGGGGCUGAACGACCGCUUCGCCGGUUACAUCGAGAAGGUGCACUCGCUGGAGCAGCAGAACAAGGAGCUGGAGGCCGAGCUGGCCGCCCUGCGGCAGAAGCAUGUGGGCCGUUCGCAGCUGGGCGUCGCCCUGGAGCAGGAGCUGCGCGAGCUGCGCACUGCCCUGGAGCAGGUCAACCACGAGAAGGCGGCGCUGCAGCUCGACUCGGAGCACUUGGAGGAGGACAUCCAGCGCCUCAAGGAGCGCUUCGAGGACGAGGCGCGCCUCCGCGAGGACGCCGACGCCAUCACCCGCGCCCUGCGGAAGGACAUCGAGGAGGCGGCCCUGGUGAAGGUCGAACUGGACAAGAAGAUGCAGUCGCUGCAGGACGAGGUGGCCUUCCUGCGCGGCAACCACGAGGAUGAGGUGGGCGAUCUGCUGGCCCAGAUCCAGGCCUCGCACGUCUCCGUCGAGCGCAAGGACUACCUGAAGACCGACCUCUCCGCCGCCCUCAAGGAGAUCCGCUCCCAGCUCGAGUGCCACUCCGACCAGAACAUGCUGCAAGCCGAGGAGUGGUUCAAGUGCCGCUACGCCAAGCUCACCGAGGCCGCCGAGCAGAACAAGGAAGCCAUCCGCUCGGCCAAGGAGGAAAUCUCCGAGUACCGGCGGCAGCUCCAGGCCAAGAGCAUCGAGCUGGAGUCCGUCCGCGGCACCAAGGAGUCCCUGGAGCGCCAGCUCAAUGACAUCGAGGAACGCCACAACCACGACCUCUCCACUUACCAAGACACGAUCCAACAGCUUGAAAAUGAGCUGAGAGGUACAAAGUGGGAGAUGGCACGUCAUUUGAGGGAAUACCAAGAUCUCCUCAAUGUCAAGAUGGCUCUCGAUAUUGAAAUUGCUGCCUACAGGAAACUUCUUGAAGGUGAAGAAACAAGAUUCAGUGCCUUUUCUGGAAGCAUCACUGGGCCAACAUUCACACAUAGGCAACCUUCAGUAACAAUAUCAACUACCAAAAUACAGAAAUCAAAAGCUGAACCACCAAAACUAAAGGUCCAACACAAGUUUGUAGAAGAAAUAAUUGAAGAGACCAAAGUUGAGAAUGAGAAAUCUGAACUGGAUGAAGCUCUUGCCGCUAUGGCUGAAGAACUGGCCGCUGAAACUAUACUAGCUGAAGAAAAGGAGGAAGAAGUUCUAGAAGAGAAACUUGUAGCAGAGGAAAAGGUUGAAGUCAAAGCUGCAGCCCCAGAAGGUGAAGAAGAAGAAAAAGAAGGGGAGGAAGAAGAAGAGGAUGGUGCAAAAUCUGAUGAGGCUGAAGAAGGAUCAGAAAAAGAGGAAGAAAAAAGUGAAAAGGAAGAAGGGGAGGAAGAAGCAGAAGAUGAGGCAGGUGAAGGAGCAGCUGAGGAAGUUGAAGCUGAAGUAACAGAGGAGCCUGAAGAAGAUGUAGAGGAAGUCAUUGCACCAGGGAAGGUAGAAAAGGUGAAAACAUCUCCUCCCAAAUCACCUGUGAUGGAUAAAGCAGAGGUGAAAGAAGACAGUAAAGAAGAUGAAGGUGGUGAUCAGGAGGGGAAGGAAGGUGAAGAGGAGGAAGAAGAAACAGCUAAGGAAGAAAGGGAGAAAACAGCAUCCCCAGCAAAAAUAGGAUCUCCUGAAAAACCAAGCACUCCAGACAAAGGAUCUCCAGAGAAGGCAGCAUCUCCAGAGAAGGCUGGGACUCCAGAGAAGACUACUUCUCCAGAGAAACCAAGGACUCCAGAGAAGGCAGCAUCUCCAGAGAAGGCUGGGACUCCAGAAAAAGCAGGGACUCCAGAGAAGGCAGCCUCUCCAGAGAAGGCUGGGACUCCAGAGAAGGCAGCCUCUCCAGAGAAGGCAGCCUCUCCAGAGAAGGCAGCCUCUCCAGAGAAGGCUGGGACUCCAGAGAAGGCAGGGACUCCAGAGAAGGCAGCCUCUCCAGAGAAGGCAGUGACUCCAGAGAAAGCUGCUUCUCCUGAAAAGCCAGGCUCCCCAGUGAAAGAUGUAGAAGAAGUUAUCUCCAUCACAAAGGCCACCACUGUCGGUGCAGAAAAAGACUCAAAAGAAAAAAGUGAGAAAAUUUCAAGGGAGUCUACCAAAGAAGAUAUAGCGGUAAAUGGAGAAGUAGAAGAUAAGGGGGAGGAAGAAGAUGACUCAAAGGGAAAGAAAGUAGAAGAAGAAGAUAAAGGUGUUAUCACCAAUGGUCUGGAUGUGAGCCCCUCUGAGGAAAAGAAGGGGAAGGGUGACGACAAAGUGGUCGUGACAAAAAAAGUUGAGAAGAUUACUAGUGAAGAUGAUGGGAUCACCACCUACAUCACAAAGUCUGUGACUGUCACCCAGAAGAUGGAAGAGCAUGACGACGGUGUUGCAGAGAAAUUGGUGACCACCAAGAAGGUGGAGAAGGUGACUUCUGCACAUGCCAUAGUAAAAGAAAUCAAAGAGAGUAGUGACUAAAAUAAUCAUUUCCCCCUCUCUAAAGAGCUUGGAUUGGUGCAAAAGGUUAAGCCAUAUGACAGCUGCAAAAAUGCAUGAAAGUGGCGGCUUCUCAGCAGAACGGGUUCUCUCAUGGCAUCUCCAAAACGACUCUUGGUUUUAUUUCUGAUCUUUUUAUUGUUUCUGUGCCGUACCCAGGGGUUUGGGGGGAAUGCAUGCAAGCCCGGUGCACUCCCUCUGCAGAACUUGGGUUUUUUUUUAAAAAAAAAAAACAAUGCAUGAGCUGUUACUCUUCCAGGGGAAGUUGCUGAAUUUUCCUGAGCUGCUGAUUGGAUGCCUCUGAGGAACGUCUUCAGAUGUAUUAUGCAAAGAAUAAACUGAGCCAAAUAAACAAUAACAAAAGAAUGAAUUAAAAAAAAAACCCUGAAUUCUCCUAGCCUUAAGCUACUUAACAAUUAUGUUUACCUCACUGGUGCAAUUAAGGUGGACUUCUGUUCAUGAGAGAACCUAUGCUGACAUGCACAGUAUGCAACCUUUUGUUGUUUGAUGUAAAGCAGUCACAGCCGUUUGUGCUCAAUAAAGGUCAUAUUGGAAAUGA